AUGGCCCAAUCGAGUGCAACUGAAGAGGCCACUGAAGUAGUAGACAUGGAGUAUGUGACAGAGAACGACAAUCAACUCGACUACAACAGCCACCGCAAUCUUCCUGCAAAUAACAACCAAAGCAGUCACCCCUUUCACAAUCAGCAUCCUCCCAGACAACAAGGCACUAGUCAUACACCCAAUUUACCGCUAUACUACAAUUUCGACAUGCCACCUCCGCCAGCCACAGUCCCUACUCGUACGGAAAGUGGAGAAUCACAACGAUCUCAAUCCAGACGAUUUGGGCAAGGUCAUGCGGAAAUGCAACGGAGUGCCUUUUUAUCGUCUCAAACAGAACAAGAUUUACGGGGGGUCAAAAAGAUUAAAGCGGAAGUCGCAGCCAUGGAUUCUUCGGGAAUUUUUCAGGAUACCCAACUCCAAAAACGACCACGGUAUAUUGGUGGUUCCAAAGAAGACGACUCUUGA